GGGCAAACACGCCCACACUUACCAUUAGAGUUACAGCUAAGAGUAAGAGAAGCUGGACAAUAAGGGCUUUUAAGGGUCUUGCGGGGUUCCUUUCAGGAGCAAAAGAGUGAAAUGGGGUUGUCUCAGGGCACAAAAAUGAGGUCUGCACAUCGUUGUAGCGAGAUGACAAUUUCAGCUAUGUUAAUCUUAGUUAUUACCAUAGUGAGUUUGUCUCAAGCAAGCUCACAGAACCAGGCUCUUCAAAGUAACACUGAGGGAUAUCAAAGCUCCAUCACCUCGAGCAGCAGAAGCACGAAGGUCUCUACGGAAUCACCUUCUACCGACUCUCAGAGCGCUUUCACCAAUGUGAUUCCCUCAACACCACAGAAAUUGACCCACAAUGCAGCAGUAACAGGGUCAUCGAGCAUAUCGGCAAGCCAGACCUCUGGAUCAACUAUCUCUGUACCCUCGUCCACCAAUCAAACGGUAGCUUCGACAUCACCUAACUCUACUCCGACGGAUCAUGGCAACAGGCCGACCAAUGCCAGUGAGGGGUUCACCACCAUCAAUCAGACUUCAACUUCAACAUCGCUUGACUCUACGUCAGCACCGAUGAAUCACAGCAGCAAGCCGACUGAUGGAAACAAAACGUUCACCACCACUGAGCGUCCGAUAUCAACAACAUCAUCAUCCCUGACAACCGGUUCCUCGCCACCUUGUGCCACACAGAGCCUGAAGAGUGGGCUCACAUAUGAGGAGAUGAUCAUCACGACAAUCAUCAGCACUGUCCUCGGCCUCAUCGUUCUCACAAUGGCAGCAUAUAUCAUUUCCAUAUGCCAGCAGAAGAAGCACCUCUUUAUCCAUCGACCACUCUACAACAACGCAGAGGAAAUGGGGGACAGGUUUUCAACACCCGACGAUACUCUGGUAAUAUCUGGUGGACUCUACGACGGGCCUCAAACCUUUGAAUACGAAGAAUUUCCCGCUCAGAUGUCCCGGUUACAGCUGGACUUCUUUAACGAGGACUCAGGGCAGCGCUCCAAUCAUACGGGUCAGUAUUAGAAGUCUUUCGGUGGAAACCAUACUGUACUUUUUUCAAUCAACCAUGUAGCUCCCAAAUUCCCAAGCACCAUUACCUCUCUUCCUGGAAGUUACACGUGAAACAAGGAAGUUGAAGUCAUUUUACCACAAAACAAAAGCAAGACUUAAAAAUAUCAAUGUAAAAAUACUAAUGUGCCACAUAUUAUAAUGAUGACUAAAGUGAUCUUGGUGUUCAUCAUGUUGUCAUCGUAUGGUGUCAUGAAAGAAGAAAAAAUAUAUAACUGUGGUCUUUAAUUUGAUCAUUUUUAAGAUGCAUUCAUACACAAUUAAGAACGUAUCAGCAACCCACUAUUUGAAUUAAGGUUGCAUUCAUUAUUUUGUUGUUUGUAACAGUAACUGUAAAUGCAUAUUCUUACAGUGACUGUUAGGAUAAACUUUGUUCAGUCACACUUAUCGUGUUGUGGGUGGGACCAUCAGUCUUAAACAAGUACAGUCUUUGUAGGUGAUAAGCAAAGAAUGACAAGAAUUACAUUUCAACCUUCAACCUACUGCCUGAGAGAGAUAUUAAUAUUUUGCAAUAUUUUAAGCCUAUGGAUAAAAGUGUAUUAAAGAAAUUUGAAGUUUAUCUUGGACUAUCUUAAAUGAGUCCAGAACUGCUGAAAAGUGCGUUACAUGAAAAUGACAGCAAAAAAUGUAAAUGAGAAUAUCCUGCAAUUCACACCUUGAAUGUCCCAAUGUAUCGCAGUAACUGCAGUUUCAGUUAUCCACAGUUGACCACUGUCUGAAAAAUAAAAUUGUAAAAUGUGUAACA